AUGUCAUGGCGGGCCCUGCGCCUUCACGCUUCACUGCGGCCGGCAGGACUGCGGCAUUGCCCACUGGCCACAGUGCAAAUCUGUCCCAGUCACCGAGACAGACGAUGGCAGUCGACAUCCCAAGAGCCAGGCCCAGCACGACCACAACCGAAACAGACACAGAACCAGAACCAGAAGCCAGCAAUCAACAGCAACAGCACCAACAAUGACAAAGACAAAGACAACUCCAGCAGUGUCAAUAACGACAACCCCAGCUCCAAACACCAGAACGAAGAAAAGCCAAUCGACGGCCGCUUCUCGGACCUAGGCCGCCUGAUCGCCAGCGACUACGCGCAUUUCCAAGAACAAUACUCGACGCCGAAACAUCCCAUCGUGCUCGCCCACGGGCUGAUGGGGUUCGACGAAUGGCGCCUCGCCGGGCCCUAUCUGCCAGGCAUCCACUACUGGCGCGGGAUCACGGAAGCAUUCGCACGCAACGGCAUCGAAUGCAUCACCACGGCGGUCCCGCGGACGGGCAGCAUCCAAGAGCGUGCGGGGGUGCUGAUGGACGAGAUCACCCGGAAGGCGCGCGGCCGCCAAGUCAACAUUGUCGCGCACAGCAUGGGCGGGCUGGACGCGCGGUAUCUGAUUUCGCGACUGUGUCCGCCGCCCUCGGCGUUCGUGGUGCGCAGUCUCACGACGGUGGCGACGCCGCACCGCGGCUCGUCCGCGGCGGACAUGGUGUUUCGCGACAUCGGGCCGGACCUGCUGCCGCGGAUCUUUGGCACGCUGGAGCGGCUCAAGAUCAACUCGGGCGCCUUUUCGCAGCUCACCACCGACUAUGUCCGCAACAAGUUCAACCCCGUCACGCCGAACGAUCCGUCCGUGCGGUAUUUCAGCUACGGCGCCAGUGCGACGCCGCAUCUCUUCUCGGUGUUUCGGUUGAGCCAUGAGCUGAUGCUGGUGGUCGAGGGCCCGAACGAUGGCUUGGUCUCGGUCUAUAGCUCCAAAUGGGGUCAGUAUAUGGGCACUCUGAUGGGCGUGACCCAUUUGGAUCUGAUCAAUUGGACGAAUCGCCUCAAGCGGAUUGCCGCGAGGUUCGGCCUUGUCGAGGAGAACUUCAAUGCCGUCGCGUUUUAUUUGGGCGUCGCUGAUAUGCUGGCUAAAGAGGGCCUGUAG